GGCUGCACCGGAUUUGGAUGGUUGGUGUGUCUGUGGCGGGGAGCGGGGGAAAAAUAACAAUAAAAACCCACAGCCCAUUAGUUGCGGGAAUACCGGAGGGAGAGCGGGGUAACCAGGCGGCGAGCUCCGGGAUUACCGGCGGCGGAUCAAGAAUAAGGAUCUAUAACAUUGAUAAUGUCGCAGGAGAAGACCUACCUGGUCUCGGGAGAUCCACAACAGCCUCCUUAUCCACGUAACGAGAUGUCGUAUGGAAACGACCAUUAUCCACAACAGCCUCCACCAUAUGGACAGCCUGUUUUCCCACAAGCUGCGUUUGGGCAGCCCCCUUUUCAACAGGCUGGCUUUGGGCAGCCAGCUUUUCCAUCAGCUGGUUAUGUGCAGCCACCUUAUCCCCAGUCUGCCUACGGACAGCCUGGUUUUCCCCAAGGAUCAUAUGGAGAGCCACCACAGGCAUUUCCACAAGGAGCGUUCCAGCAGCCGCCAAUGCCUCCACCUCCGAUGAUGCAUUCAAAUGUUGCCUUGGGAAGCCCUGGCUAUCACGAUGAUGUCCCACCAUCUUAUUAUGAUAACGAGGAGUUCACUGCAGCAAACUUUGAAGACAAGAAUAUUCGCAGAGCUUUUAUUAGGAAGGUCUACAUGGUUUUGACUGUUCAACUACUGGUGACUUUCGUUUUUGUGUGUAUCUGUACCUUUGUUUCUGAUGCUAAGCAAUUUGUGAGACGCACUCCUUGGAUCUACUAUGCCUCAUAUGGUGUGUUCUUCGUUACACUUAUUGCCCUCAGCUGUUGUGGACAAAUCCGACGGAAGCAUCCAUGGAAUCUCAUUGCUUUGUCUAUCCUCACUCUCAGCAUGUCGUACAUGGCUGGAAUGAUUGCCAGUUUCUACAGCACAGACUCUGUAGUGAUGGCUGUUGGCAUUACUGCAGCUGUUUGCUUUACUGUUGUGAUUUUCUCUAUGCAGACUAAGUAUGACUUUACUUCCUGUAUGGGUGUGAUGUUGGUGUCUGUCGUUGUGCUGUUUUUCUUCGGAAUUCUGUGCAUUUUUAUCCAAAACAAGAUUCUCCAGAUUGUGUACGCUUCUGUUGGUGCAUUGAUCUUCACAGUGUUUUUGGCCAUUGAUACACAGAUGAUCCUGGGGAACAAACAGCUGGUUAUCAGUCCGGAAGAAUACGUUUUUGCAGCACUCAACCUUUAUACCGAUAUUAUCAAUAUCUUUAUGUUCCUCAUGACCAUCAUUGGGAGUACCAGAGAGUGAGAUGUCAGCAGACGAGGAAGAAACGUGCUCCUAGUGCAAUGAAGAACUAACCUGAAGCCAUCUUUUCUUUUGUUGUGUAGCCUAGGUUUAGGAAUAUUCCUUUUGACUGGUGAUCCCACUCCUGUGAAUAAGCAUGUUUGCAUGGAUGGGCUAAUGUGAAUGUAACAGCUUCACUGUGGCCAUCAGUGCAUUCGGUCUCAGUUGCUUCUUGCAGCAGGUUCAUGUAGACAAUGGUAUUCUUUUUACUCCUAUUCUCUGGUGAGUUUAGGGGUCAUCUUUUUUGAAUCAAGGUUAAUCACAUAGUUAAUUUAAAAAUAAUUGGAGCUUUCUUUAUAAAGAAUUGAGAUUGAUACUGCACUACAAAACACCACUUGUACACUUUAUCAAGAUAAUUAUGAACUGAAGUAUUUGACUUUGGAAUUUAAACUAACCAAGUGUGUAAAAUAGUUAAUAUUAGUUCUGGGUUUAUUUAAUCUUGUGUGAAUCUGAAUAAUAUGUGCAUAGUUUGCAAAUCAAUUAAAUUAACUUAACCUAUUAAAUGUGAAACCUAUUAUGUUGUGAAUCACAGUAUAACCUAUACAGGUCAUAUAUAUGUAAAAUAGCCUCUAAUAUUAGAUGGUGUUGGAUUGAUGAGAGGAAGGCACAGUUGUUUUGAAUUACUAUUUAUAAUGUCCAAAUCCAGUAGUUAUUUUGGGUUCUUGCAGAAUUAACUCGAUUAAAAGGCUGACUUACAGCAAUUUUUCAUUGAAUGAAGUCAGUAAGUUUCUGAACAUUGCAGAAUUGGACUUUUCCAAACAGAAACUAGUCAUGUUUGCUGAUGAGAGCUGUGGGGUAUGCUUUUAAAACUGCAAACUAGAAUCCAACUCAGUGAGUUCUCUGGUUUACUAAUCAAAACAAAAAUAAAUGAAAUGAGCUGUUUAGCUGGCUGCCUUGAAUGUGCUCAGUAGAAUCAGUAUUGAGGAAAGUACCUAGAGCUGCUUAAUGGCACUAUAACUGAGGGAUUGCAUGCAUUUUUAACUGUAUGGAUUUGAUACCUGUGUGUAUGAGGAAAUUGGGGCAAAGCUUUUUGACAGCUGUAGUAUUUUGGUCACAUCAGAUUGGCGAGCAAGUGCUUUGAAAAGCAUGAAGCAAAUACCCUUUUUAAUGUUCUGAAUGUUUUUCAGUCUUUAGCUCACUAGACAAUCUGUCAGAACCUGGCAUUUGUUAAAGUUUAAAAUACUUUUGUUAGAUACCUGUCCUUUUUCUUGCUUUAUAAACCAAAUUGAGACACAGAAGCUACCAAAUAAUUAAGGCUUUUCUAGUUAUUUGGGACUGUGGAAUAAAAAGGGGAAUGCUUCAUUGAAUAAUGAAUCUUAAUAUAUUUUGUGGUGUAUCUAAUUCCUCCUGUGAAAUUAUUAGGAUCAACUGUAGUAUAUGUUUCUGUAUCCAGAUAACUGCAUUGGUGUGAGCAGUCAUGGGACCAUGAAUCAGGAAUUAUUCUACUGAACCAGAUAAUUCAGAUUUGCAUGUAUUAAAGUCAAAACAUGUUGUAAAUAUGCAUGAAGUAAUCAAGGAUAUGAUUUGCUCAAGUGUUAAGGCAGCUGGUUCAAACAAUUGAUAUUUAGGGAAAUACAUCGUUUUGUUAAAUGAGAGAGAAGACUGUGUGUUUAAAUUUUCAAGAUUUUCUUUUGACUGUGAGCCCAGAACUUGUACAGGAAGAAAAAACUGCAUGAAUGAAACUUUUGCUAUUAUGAUUGGCAAAGUCUGCUGUAGUAUUUGAACAGGUUGUGUUUUGGAUAUAUCCAUUCUAGAAAUCCUUAAGUUUUAAGGGCAAAGCUACAUACUUUUUUUCAUUUUUGAGCUGAAGAAUAAUUCGCAUUCUGCUUUAAGGUAUUUUAUCUAGCUAUGAGAAAAUAAAGAUCCUGUCCUCUGGCAAAUGUUAAUUUUGUUUAAAAUGAAAGCAAGCUAACUUCCUUCAAUGCCUCUUUUGAGGGUAAAUUAAGACUUGAAUUGUCUACUCUGCUCCAUUAAUCUAUUUAUAUUGCUGACUUUGAAGGUUUACUAAUGUUUUCAGGCAGCCAUUUUAAAAUUAGUUUGCACUAUAGUCUUGGUUUUUUUCUCGUUUUUAAUGUAUAACUAGUGCCCUGAAGCCCUUUACUGAAACUGUGCUGCAAGAUGUUAUAAUAAGCAUUAAAAUAUUUUGAAUGAAACUAGAUGUCAUCUAUGGCAAAAGUUUGUCCUUGCAAUGUCUGAGAGAAUCUCAUUUUGAGGUAAUGAGGGAGCUCCCCUGUCAGUAACCUGCCUUUGGUUUUUUAAUCAGAUAACAUAUACUGACACUCAUUACCUAAAUUUACAGACAACUCAACUUUUUGGUAUGAAACAGGCCAUUUAGCUUACUGAUGCUUAAGGUCUACUCUACUAGAUUCCUCCUCCAUCUGUAUCUCACCUUUUAUCAACUCUUAUUUUUUCAUCUCAACUUUUAAGAUGAUAACAACAUAUGAGAGGAGAAAAAUGACCGUGUCAUGUCUCACAGCCUACUCUAGUUACACAAAGGGGUAACACCAAGAAACUGACCAAAUCCAGACUAACAUUCUGGUUUUCUGUUUCUUCCCCUCUUGAAAUAAUUUUGUUGUAUCAUGGUUUAAUUGAAUUUAAACUUCUGCAGCCCUGCUAGAGUUGAUACGAUUGUAUUUCUGCUUGUCCUUCACCUUUUUUCUGUGGAAUUACACUUUUUAACAUGACCAUCUGCUAGUCUCUUGUAGUGAGGCCAAAUAAGUGUUUGAAACUAAUGAAGAUUUGGACACCUAACAUCUGGAAAUCAAAUGGUUCUCCUGUUUAUGGCAUUUUGGACAUCAUUUUGUAGCAAAACCCUAUAUAUUGUGAAUUUUAUUGAUGUAGUUAAUUAGUGUGUUUCCCUUUAAAGUCUAUCUCCCAGUUUUUCCUGGAGAAGUGGGAUGUGUCCCUCAUCUCUUCUGAUUCUUGCGUUUUCUGAAAUCUUAGCCAAGUACUUCAAUAGUCAUCACAAGUUCACAAUCAUUUGUGGUACCAAGAAGGCAUUCUCGAUCCUUUGCAUGGAUGGAAUGAAGGAAAAUAUGGUACAACAAUAGCAAAAGUUGUCCUUGCAAGAUUAAAAGUGAGAAUAGCAUUGUUGAGGUAGAUCAAGGAGCUCUUCUGUCAAUAUCUUGUUCCACAUUUUCCUGAUACGUGCAUAUGUAGUCCUGAUCCUAUCAAAAUAGGAACGUACUCUAUUUGUACAUGGAGAUUAUCUUUUUAAUGGUUGUCUUUAUUGUGAGCUUAAAACAUAACAGAAAAAGGCAAUUCAUAAAAUUAGGGAAUCUUGAACAUAAUUUGUAUGUUCAUCUCCAUUCUGGGACCUGUUCAUUCUGGUGAUCUAAUUUCACAUAUCUUUGCAAAAUGAUGAAAUACAUUUUUGGAUGUGUUUUAAGCAAUUCCAGCAACAGAUGAAUUUUCAUUUGUCUCUAACUGAUUUUAAUCCACAUUUGGCUACUAAUAUGAUCUUUCAGCAUUCUUAAUAUACUGAGUAAGGCAAUCACUUACAUGAGAGCUUUUUUUCUUUGAUUCUAAUGCUGAAAAGGUAGUCUUUAAAAACAAGACACAACUGUUGUGCUACUUUUAGCUUUUUUUAUUUUUGCACACUUUAGUUUCAAAUAUGUUUUCAACUAAACAGACUCUAAUGUUCGGUGUUUAUAAGAUUGUGGUACUAAAUACUGACUCGUUUUGCAUUAAACAGGUUUAAAAGAUUGCACAGCAAGGGUUUUUUCUCAAGUAAAAUUGACACGAAGUACUUGAACUGUGGAACUCCUGUUUUGUGAUGUUCACAUUUAAAUUGGAUUCAAUAGCAAGCUUUUGACAUCUCAAAAUGAGAAUACAAGAUUCGUGCCUAGGAAAUCUUGACCAAUCCCUUAUAUUAAAUUGGCUAUAAUCAAACCUCAAUUCAAUGUUAUAAACUCAGUAUUUGCCAUUAAUAAAUUCAGUGCUGAUCUGAUGAAAUAAUGUGGUUGCUAGAGGUCUGCAAUGCACUUUUGACUUCAAAUGUUCUGUAUUGCUAUAUUAAUGUUGCAGUAAUUAAACAAAUUUGAAUAAAAUUUUAAUGCACUGUAGUAGCUUCAUCUUUUUGGAAACACCAGCUAAACCAACUGUUGAUUUCCAUUGUGUUGGGUUUGUUUGGUUUGUACUUGGUUUUUAUUUUGCAGUCAAAAAUCCUGUGUACUUGCUGUUCAUUAAAUGAACAAGUAUUGCUUCUGUUGGAACUUCUUGCAUUCUGUAGUUAUUAACUUGCCUAGUAAGCCCUUCAUGAUUCCAUUCUAUGGAAAAUAAAUGAAUGCAAUUGUA